CGCCGGAUCGCAACGGAAGGCCGCGAUGUCGUCUGCCCUCGCAGUCGCUCGAAAGCGGCCGAUGGUCCUCGUGGUCUGUGCGAGGUGAACAGGUGAUGUGAUACUUAUUCCCGCUUCCCGGCCGCCGGUUAUUUCUUCCUAGUCAACAGAAUCUUCGCAAAGUGCAGUGUUUGUGUCUUUGCGCGCGUGUGUGAUAAACAAGGGCACAUUUUUUUGUAAACAUGGCUGCCGCCGGUGCAUCCUGCCGUGCAAUUUUAGUUCUCAGGUUCGAAAUGUCGCGAGUUUUCAGUUCCAGUUCCACAUUAAAUGUCGCCAGGAAAUACAGAAACGAGACAUGGUGCAGAAGGUGGUGGAACAUUUCUCAAAGAGGAUUGUCGUCCACAGCGACCUCAUUUUCCCCUAUAUUGAGUCCAGUCAUGGGAAAAGAGACGCAUAAAGAAGCAGGAGUUACGAGAGACAUAGCGGUGGAAACGAAGGAUUCAAAAGAGGCGAAAGAUCCUCUCAAAGAUCCCAAAGACGGCAAGGAUUUCAGGGAAACAAAAACGAAGAGUGUCAAAGAAAAAGUUGCAUCACUACUCAAUAUCAGCACCAGCACCCCCGAGACUGCCGACGGACGAAAAAAGAAAAAAGAACCCAAGGAACCUAAACAUAGAAAGCAAAAAGCAAAAAUUGAGCCUGAGGUGACAGUGGACUAUAACAGAGGUCUUCCUAGGAUCAAAGUUCCACUGCCUUCGAGAAGGGAGAGUUGUGUUUUUACCCUGAAACCAAUCACACAUACUGUAGGGGAUUUUUUGGAAAUGCUCAAACGCGAGGAUCGAGGCAUCGACAGGGCGAACAUUACAUCCUUAGAUGGAACGAGGAUAGGUUACAGUAAUACGAUAGAAUCUCUAAUUUAUGAGGAAUUCAAAUUAGUUAUAAAUGAUAACACUUAUACAGUAACUCCACCAAUCCCUCCAGUCGAACCUUUGGAGGGAAUUCAGCAAUUGUCUGAUAUUCAGACGAUGAUUACCCAAUUGUACGAUGCGCUACACGUUCGUGAGCAUCACGCCGAUAUGGAAAGACGAGUCCUGGCUCAACUGGAGGAAAUCAGAUUAGAAUUGGAUCCCCUCGAACAGCAAAAACUAGAAAUUGAAAUGGCGGCUGCGAGGAGGGCAAAUUUAUCGGCGUGGGCUGGAUUAGUGCUGAUGUCGAUACAAUUUGGAAUUCUGGCUCGAUUAACUUGGUGGGAAUACUCUUGGGAUAUCAUGGAACCUGUAACGUAUUUCGUCACGUACGGCACGGCGAUGCUUUGUUACGUCUACUUCCUCCUAACAAGACAGGAAUACAUGUUACCAGAUGCUCUUCACCGACAACUUCUCGUUGGAUUUCACAAAAAAGCAAAAAAGGUUGGAUUUGAUUUAGUGCGAUACAAUCAAUUAAAGGACAUGGCUUACGAGUUGGAAACAACUUUAAGAAUAAUUCGUGGUCCCCUUUGGGAAAAGAAACACCUGAUCGAAAAAGAACCAGAAAAACGAUCGCGCUCAAGCUCAAGUUCAAGCUCAAGUUCGAGUUCCCGAUCGAGAUCUCGAAGUGACUCCAGAAGUCCCAGUCCUAGUCCAGAUAAGGAAAUUAAAAAAAAGGACACCACAGUCUCAACGCCUCUUAGAUAAGUCACCCUUCCGACCAAAAAUCCAUCUUCCUUUCUAUUUGUACUUACCUCGCGUUUGACGAAAAGAAACGUUUUCAGUAAAAUUUACAAUCGUUGUAGUAAGUUUACCAUUUUUUGUAGCCUCCAUAACAUAUCGCUCUCUUUUUUUUACGCGUAUACAAUGAUUGUAGAUUUUUGGUGAAGAAAUUUGUGGAAUUUGAAAAACAGGGAAUAAUAAUCUAAGAGGAUCACAAAGAGAGCUGGACAUAGCUUUGACAUUCAAAUUUCGCGCCGUAGAGUGCGAAAUAAUGAAGUCUCUUUUCAAACAUGCGCAUUCGCACUCUGCGCCAUUUAUCGCUGCGCAAUCGAUUUUUAUUGAACUUGUGGCUGCGCAGUAGAUUCCUAUCAAGCUUAUAGAUGCGCACUAUACUCUGCUUAUAAAAAGUUAAAUAUUUUCUUAAAUUCUUGUCCAGCUCCGAUCAGACGUGAGCACAUGUGAUCAGAAGUGAUACUUGUAAAGCCUUUAGGAAUGACAUUGAUUUCAGUAUUCCUCUAGGUUUCUAAAUUCCUGCUGCUAGUUUAAGGUGGCACUAAUUUAUUUGGAUUUCUGAGUGGUGCUAUUAAUUUUUAGAUAAAAAAUUCUAUAUUUUUAAUAUCUUAUUUGAAAAUCGUCGAUUAUUUUAUAACGGAAUUUUAUUUUAUCGAAUCGUUUUACAAUAAUUAAAGCACAAAAGUAGGUUCGCGGAACAAAGUUAUAUUAGGAAUUACACUUUUAAAAUAGAAUCCUAAAAUCUAAACUUUUAGAGUCAGAUUUUUCCGAUAUCUAUGAUUAAUUUUCGCUUCCGCAAGUUCCAAAAUCUCUCUAUCCGUCCGAUAAAAAAAAUACUGCGCGUUUCUCACUACAAAAAGUUAUUCUAUGUGAUAAAAAUACGAUUUACAACACUAGAAAUCGUAUUCUCCUGUAAAUAGAUUACAUUUUAUUUAUGUUUGCAUUCAUUACUUAAAUGAGAGAGUUUAGAAAAUUCCGAGGGCUUAAUUACCCGGAUUUUCGGUGUGUACUAGAUGAAUAAAAAAUAGCACAAAAAUG